AAGUUGAAACUGUGUCGAGUCUUGUUUUACUUAGUAUAUGUGGUCCAUCUUAUUGACCUUUAUAUAUCUCCUAUUUUUGUUUCAUUUGAAGAUAGAAGAGACAAACUCAGAAACUGUGUCCGAAAAGGAAGCAUGGAUUGGCAUGGCAAUUUCAGACCUAAUUUUGUCUCUCGUCCUCCUCAUUCUUCCUUUAACUUCCUCUACAACUCUAACUACGACCACUAUCACAAUCCAGGGAUGGAUUUGAAGCAGCUAUCAAUGGCAGAAGCGUCUCACGGGGGCGGGUUGAUUCCGAGUCUAGACAACAAGAUGAGUUGUGGAAGUGAAGAGAAGAAGAAAAGAUUGACGAGUGAUCAAUUGGAUUCGCUAGAGACGAGCUUUCGAGAGGAGAUUAAGUUGGAUCCUGAUCGGAAAAUGAAGCUGUCUCGAGAACUAGGGUUACAACCGAGACAGAUUGCGGUUUGGUUCCAAAAUAGACGUGCGAGAUGGAAAGCUAAGCAGCUUGAACGGUUAUAUGAUUCACUUAAACAAGAUUAUGAUGUUGUUUCUAAAGAGAAACAAAAGCUUCAAGAAGAGGUUAUGAAACUGAAAACUAUCCUAAGGGAGCAAGUGACAGCAGCAGGCUAUACAGAUAUCUCCGGCGAAGAGACUGUAGAAAGCACGUCGGUUGCGAUUCGUAGCUCGAGCAGCAAGCCACGAGGAGGAGCAAAUAGUAGCCAUCAGAUUGCAGAGUGCAACUAUCUUAUGAACGUCGAUGAAUACAACCCGGUCUCAUCACCGUACUGGACUAUUAUUCCAUCUUAUCCCUAGUUAGGUUAAACAUUAUCAGACAGUUUCUGCUGUUUGUUUUAGUUUGCUAGAGUUGCUUAUAUUAGCCCUAGCUUUAGUGAGGAUGACUCUUAGUUAUAUGUAUUAGUUUAAAAUAACUUUAAACCCUUCUAAUAAUUAAAUUUAUAAUAUUUGGAAAUUUAAA